UCCAAGUAUCUUUAAUUUGCCUUUGGUUUCAUUUCCCUUGAAUCCCUCUCCCCUAUAUAAGCCCACCAUUUCCACUUCUCCCAUUCAUGCCUCGACCAAGAUCAGAGCUCCUACUACUUUCCACCAUAACUUAAUCAAAUCUUCUCCGAUCCAUCUCCAUAAACACCAGCCCGCCCGGCCACGAUGACAACUACUGAUAUAGAAAGCCUGUGGGUUUUUGCCCUCGCCACAAAAUGCAAGUACCUCACCUCUGUCAACUCCCUGUGCUUUGCAUUCCUUGUGUUUCUGGUGUGGAUAGCCAUGAGCUUCAUUUAUUGGGCUUAUCCCGGAGGCCCUGCUUGGGGCCGCCAUAAAUGGAGGACAAGCUGUCCCAUCAACCCUGCGCCUGGGGGGGCGCCCAUACCUGGCCCUUCUGGCCUUCCCAUCAUCGGAAGCAUGAAUCUGAUGGUGGGUUUGGCUCACCAUAAGCUUUCCGCCAUGGCCGAGGCUUGUGCCGCCAAGCGCCUCAUGGCUUUCAGCCUCGGCGAGACUCGUGCGGUUGUUACCUGUAACCAUGAAGUCGCCAGGGAGAUUCUCAACAGCUCUGCCUUCGCCGACCGGCCGGUGAAGGAAUCGGCUUACAGGUUGAUGUUUAGCAGAGCCAUAGGGUUCGCCCCUUACGGCGCCUACUGGCGAACUCUGAGGAAAAUCUCCGCCGCGCAUCUCUUCUGCCCCAAGCAAAUCAAAUCCGCCGAGUCGCAGAGGUUCGAAAUCGCCGCCCAGAUGAUCGCCAAGUUCGCCGCCGCCAAAGGCCACAGCAUCCGAAUCCGCGAUGCCACCAAACGCGCCUCCCUCAACAACAUGAUGUGCUCCGUCUUCGGCCGGAAAUACAGCCUCGACGAAAAUUCCUCCUCCUCCGCAGCCGAGACGGCGGAGCUUAGGAAGUUGGUCGACGAAGGGUACGAUCUCUUGGGCAUGCUCAACUGGUCCGACCAUCUUCCUUGGCUCGUCGAUUUCGAUCCUCAAAAAAUCCGCCUCCGCUGCUCCAACCUCGUACCCAAAGUGAACCGCUUUGUCGGCCGGAUUAUCAACGACCACCGCGCCACGCCCCAAACCGCCGAUACCCCCAACGACUUCGUGGAUGUGCUCCUCUCCCUCCCUGCUUCAGAAAAAUUAUCAGAAUCGGACAUGAUAGCCGUUCUUUGGGAAAUGAUAUUUAGAGGAACAGACACGGUGGCGGUUUUGAUAGAGUGGAUCCUGGCGAGGAUGGUGCUCCAUCCUGAUGUUCAAUCUAAAGUUCAAGAGGAGGUGGACAGGAUUGUGGGGCGGGAACGGGCGGUGACGGAGUCCGACGUGGCGAAGAUGGUGUAUUUGCCGGCGGUGAUCAAGGAGGUUCUUCGGCUGCACCCGCCGGGGCCACUGCUGUCUUGGGCCCGUCUGGCGAUAACGGACACGGUGGUUGGCGGGUAUCAUGUGCCGGCGGGGACCACGGCCAUGGUGAACAUGUGGGCCAUCACGCGGGACCCACAAGUCUGGGAAAACCCUCUGGAAUUCAACCCCCGGAGGUUUCUCGACGUGCCGGCUCAGGACCACUUCUCGGUUAUGGGGUCGGACAUGAGGCUGGCGCCGUUUGGGUCGGGUCGCAGGGCCUGCCCCGGGAAGAAUCUGGGCUUGACCACCGUCACCUUCUGGGUGGCGGCGCUGUUGCAGGAGUUUGUGUUUGAGGCGGCGGCCGACGUUGACUUGUCAGAGGUCCUCAGGCUGUCUUGUGAGAUGGUCAACCCUCUCACCGUCACAGUCAAGUUCCGCUCCACAAGGCUUGUGUAAUUAUUAUUAAUUAAGGUGUGAAAUUGUAACUAAAGUUGCAAGGGUGGGUGAAAUCCAUAUCCAUAUUAAAAAAAAAAAACCAACAAAACAAAACAAAAACAGCAUCAUCCCUAUAUAUAAAAAAGAAUGUCUACUCUACUGUACUCUACUCUAGUCUAGCGGUUAUGUGACGUUUUAGCUUUGAUUGUUACUCUUUUCUAUUCUGGAAUUUCCUUCUUUAUCCUUUAUUUUAGACUUCUUCUUUUUCUCUUUUAUUUGACUUAUAUGUACAAAAUAUGCUUAUUAUGUUUAGCUUUUAUAUACAA